GCUAUUACCUAUUAGCCAGAAAAACAACAAAAAUAAAUAAAUAAAUUUCGCCAAUACGGUGAUUCCUUUCUCUUUUACCCCAUUUUACUCUGCUUUUACCAGCCCUCCAUUUUUCCCCUUCCGCCGCCGCUUUUAUCUUAUUUUUUUACCUUCUCCAAUGGAAAUCCUUACUGACGGCGACGGUCACCGAUCAAACGAUGUCACUACUUUCCCUGACAACAACCUUACUCCUUUUCCAGUAUCCACUAACGCCGUUUAUUCUCAUCCAGCCUCCGUUGUUCCUCCUCCACCGGAAAUCGACCACCUUCCAGUUUCCCCUGCCCGUAAGCUCCGUCCGGUACGGUGUGGAAACGGCCGUAGCUAUGUCGAUAUGGUGGACUCCAGCUGUGACAUGGACGAAACUCUGAUGAACUGCAGCAGUGAUUUAGGAGGGUUUUUUAAUCAGUUCUCUGCUCAAAAUGCAAAUACAGUCAUACCGAGGGAGUGCGGCUUUGAAUUCUCGGCAGUUCAGCAAAUGAAGUCGGUGUUUGAUGCUCAUUGCUUCAACUUGAUCUCCCAAGCUCGUAUUUUGGAGGCUGAAUUUAGCUCAUCUUCAGAUGACAGCGAAUCAUCAGAGGCAAUUGAAGAACGAUUAAAUAGGAAGAGGAAGAGGGAAACACGGAAGAGUCUUAAAUUAUAUCUUGAAGAUAUGGUAAAGAGGCUGAUGGACAAGCAAGAGCAGAUGCACAAACAAUUAAUAGAUAUGAUAGAGAAGAAGGAACAUGAGAGAAUCAUACGAGAAGAAGGUUGGAAGCAGCAAGAGAUAGAAAGGGCAAAGCGGGAUGAGGAGGUUAGAGCUGAAGAGACAUCUAGAAACUUGGCCCUUAUUUCUUUCCUCGAGAAUCUGUUGGGUGAUGAGUUCCAGAUUCCAAAAUCAUCAGAAAUGUCAAGCCGAGUUAAAGAUGAAGGUGAAGUUCAUGGUCAAGAAGCUGAUGUUAGAUCUGAUCCCUGUAAUAGGAGAUGGCCAAAAUCUGAAGUGCAAGACCUUGUAUCAAUUCGAAUUGCUUUAGAUCACAAGUUUCUUAAAGGGGCUAAAGGAUCUGUGUGGGAAGAAGUAGCCGAUGGAUUGGCAAAGAAGGGUUACAUCCGGACUCCAAAAAAGUGUAAAGAAAAAUGGGAGAACAUUAACAAGUACUAUAAAAGGACAAUAGACAGUGGAAAGGCAUGUCUAAGAAACUACAGAUCAUGCCCCUAUUUCCGCGAAUUGGACAUACUUUAUAAGAGCCACCUACUUACCCAAGGUACUGGAGAUUGUGUGAAGAGUGAAGCAGAAAGCAAGAAGGCGGAAGAGUAAAUAUUGCCCAAAUGCUGUUCCUGGAUGUGCAUGGAACUAAAGGGUACAUAUGAUUAUCAGGUUCUCCAAAUUCGGAACUUCACCUUGACGAACCAACACGAUGAACUUAUUGCUGCUGUGUUAAUGUCAUGAUAGGUGUAAGCGUACCUCGUCCAAUUAGAUGGCUUUCUGUGGAGGGUACUGAUGUUCCUUGAAAUGGUUGAGGGGAUUCGAAUUCAAAGUCAAAGAGUUACUAUCUUUGCAUGUUCUUGAAUGCAUUUUGGUAACAAGAGUUCUCCUGGGUAGUUUAUAUAAAUUUGUCAGAUUGUUUCUCCAGGGUGGACCUGUAUUCUCAGAUCGUUUUCUAUAGUAAGAAUGACUACAUCACAUGGUUUAAGAAUUAAUGUUCGUCCGGUCUUUCCUUA